AGUAACAUCAAGAUAUUAAAAUCCUAAGAUUAAGCCCACGUAAUUUCUUUUUGCACUUGAUUUCCAUAACACUUCGUCUAACUUUUGUAAUAUUCAUCAUUAAGCCCACAUAAUUUUCAUGUUAAUUUUUUUUUUCAAUAGCGUAUACUUUUACAUACUUAAUUUUUGAUAAUGUCCAACGCGAUUAUUUCAUGACAACCAUACAUUUAUGUAUUAAAACAUGAUUUCUUGUACAAUAAAUAAACUAAGAGAAAUCCGAUUAAACUGAACCGAACUGAAAUACAAACCGAAUCGAAUACAAACCAAACCGAAUAUAAACCGAACCGAACAUAACCAAACCGAAAUCGAUCCAAACCAAACUAACUAUGGUUUACUUCAGCUGGAAAAAUUCUAGAACCGAACCAACCAAACCGAACCGAACUCGAACCGAACCGAUAAAAUAACCGAAGUGCCCACCCCUAAAAAAUAGUAAGAGAGAGAUAUUUGCUCAAAAAAAGAGAUACUAAAUGAGGUAAAAGACUAAAAUGACUUGUAGUCUCUUACACUAUGAACACAUUUUGCUAAAAAGUUGUAAUAUGCAAAUCAUAUUCUGUGACAUAAUAUAAGUUUUGUGCCUACUGUGAAAUACAUUGAUUGGCUGAAGUUGGUAGUUCAAAUGACUAGUUCUCCUAUGUCACAAAACCUUGUUUAUCUAGAUUAUAGUUAUCACUUCUCAUGCAGGAGAUGAAAAUUAUGGAUUAGUAAGCUGAGGUUGAUAAUCACCUACUCACAUAGUUUAAGUUAUUAUAUAUUUAUUCUAAAAUGUAUACAAAUAUUUUAUUUAUAGUUUUAUUUCGUACUUAUACACAAUAGUAGUUAUAAUGUCCAUGUAUCAUUUGUAAUCAAUUACAAAUUUGAAAUUAAUAUAUGCCGACAGUUUCAAAUGUGAAUGCUUAUAUUUUGUAUUAACCAAAAAGGGUUUCUGAAGAUUAGGGAAUGUGUUGCGAUUGAUAAACGACGACGUUAUCUGUUUACAGUACCCAACAUAUUAGAAAACAAAGCUGUAAAAAUGGGCAUACCAAUCAUUUUUUCCAUUGGAUUCCCCCCAACUACAAUACCUUUUAAAUUUGUCUUUUAGACAUCUUUUAAAUAAGUCUAAAAGGUGCAUUAUAACGUUAUAUCUAUUGAAGAUUUAUAACUUUAAUAAAAUGUUAAGUGGAUUUACUUCAAAAUAAUUUAGCUUCUUAGUAUAUCAUUUUGAAUCUUUACCAAAAAAAGAAUAAAAUAGGGUGAAGAUAAUCGUCAUAUUUGACUAACACUUUCGUUAAGCAAUUGUAAUUUCAUCACAAAAAAAUUAGUCACCAGCAUGCAAUUGAUCCAACCGACGUGUUUGAGUAAAUUUCCUGAAAAUGAUGAAAAAUGCGUGAAUAUUAUUCUGUUGAAACUAAAACAUCACUAGUGGAUGGUUUCAUAUGAUUUGCAGUAAUCAACUAUCAAAUUAUAUAAUCUUGUAUAUAAACAUCCUUGGCUGUUUGCCAAGCAUACCACCAAUAAAUUAACGCCAUCUAGUUAUCUAUUGUUUUUUGAACAAAAAAAAAAGUUAUAUAUUGUUUGAAAUAUGCACUUAACAACUAACUCAACCCAAUUUAUCUACAAACUAAAACAUAAUAUUUGCUUAUUUUCAAUAUUGUGUUGAUAAUAUAGCUUUAUACUAUAUUCUCUUUUGUACAUAACAAGCUUCAAAGAUUUUGAAAAGUCUGUGAAUGAUUGAGGUAGGUUUGUGCGAUGUAUAUGCUUCUUGCUAAAACACGUAUAUUAAAUGUCUAACUUGUAUAUUAUAAUGUACCACAAAACAUUGUUAGUUAUAGUGUCAUGAAUAAAUUAAAACAGAUGGAUUCAUAUUCAAUUAACAAUACAAUAGAAUAUAUGCAUAUAUGUGUCGAACUAAUUUAAAGAAUUUAUGAUAUUUUAAAAGCACAAACAAGACAAAAAAAAGAAUUAAAAAUUGGAUUGGACGACGAUGGUCAUCAUAGUCUUACCAACUAUGUUCCAACUGUAUAACGUUAAACUUUAUCCUUAGUCUUUUUAUUGGUUAACAUUAAAAAUAAGAAGAAAAUAUGUGUACCCUUUUGUAUUAUAUUUGCUUGGACGAAAUUAUCACAAUUGAGGUAUGGUAAAAUUCGAGACUCUUCAAUAGAAUUCCAACAAUUUCUCAAAAAGAACAAUGAAAAAUUGAUUGUACAUAUUAGAAAUUAUUUAUGAUGUAAACAUACUUAUGAAACUGAUAGCUAGUCCUAAAAUUCAUAGAAUUCGAAAUAAUUACCAGUUAACCACUAAAUGAUCCAACUGAUGUUUAUCUCUUUAGCAAUUCCAUCACUCGUGAAGGUUAAUGCUACUAAAACUCUAUAGCACAUCUUUAUUUGAUCUGAUCCGCUCCAAAACUAGCAGGAUAUAUAUUUAGUGUUUGGAUAUCCGAUUUUUUAUUUAAAACUAGAUAUCCGAUUUGAUUCGUAUAAAUAAAAUAAGUUUAAAAAAAACUAAAUAAAAAAUAAAAACUAAAACUAAUAUAAAAUAAUAAUAUUUGUUACAAAAAUAAAUUUUAAAUUUAAUUUUAAAAUCUCUAAAACUAAAAUAAUCAAUUUAAUAAAUAAAUUAUUAUAAAACUUAACAUAAGAUAUAAUAAUAUAAUUAUUUAAUGUAUGUAUAUAUGCAUAUAACGGAUUAGGUCAAAUAUUUGUUCUUAAAAAUUUAGUAAUUAUGAUUUGAUUGUUUUUUUGUAUAUUGUAUAUUUGUAUAUGAGUCUGUAAUUGAUAUAAAAAAUAAUUUAGUAUUUGUUUUGCUUCAUUGAGUUACAUAUAUUCAGAUUUUUUUGUUGGAAUUAACGAGUCGAAAUUCUUUUUAUGUUUCCCAGCCCGUAUGGAUACGUCAGAAGUGUAUUAUUGGUGUUUAAAACUUUCUAUUGAUUCUAUCCUAAUAUGAAAAACCUGUUCUGCAGAUUGGUGGUGUAACCCAUUCAUGAUUCAACUAUGAAUUGGUGAUCUCACUUAUGAUGUAUUUGUUUGAACAAUUGAAUAAUUGAAACUAUCCUUCUCACAUGCAAUCGAACAAUUAUUUCCUUUGACUAUUAAAGAACUGCGGACGUGAGCUUGUUUGCUUAAUGGUCUUGAAUUAAAACAUGUAAAGCCCACAAGCCUAAUCACUACGCGGCUAAUGAGACCAGGUCGUUAAAAACGGUUGACUAUCAGGGGUAUAAUAGUCAAAACACAUGAAAAUUGGCGGUGAAGUAAGCAAACCAUACGUUAGAUUUUGAGUUUUGACGACAUCAAACCUGAAGAAUGUCUAAGUUUUAUUUUUUUACGUAUACCAGAAAUUACGAUCUCACUUUCCUUAACGUUCAGACAUUUAUCUUGACGAAGACACGAACCAUCACUUCAAAUUCUUUGGUCGGCUCAUUGAAAAUCAGAAUCUUAUCCAUUAUUUUAAGUUUCCUAUAUAUAUAUUUAUGUGAUAAGGCUAUGAAUCAAGUACUAUUGAUAGAUCAAAUCUUGUUUCUGCAAAAUAGUCUGUUUCUUUAUUUGAACUGGAGUGAAAUAACAUUAAAGAUUUCGAUACAAGAAACGGUGAAAACAGUUGGCUCUUUAAGAUUUUGUGGCAGUGAAUCAGUGGAGACUAGCAAGAGAGAUAUGGUGAUGGAUGAUAAGAUCUAUGUAGCGGUGACAGGGAGAGACCUGGAAAACAAGUCUAGUCUCGUUUGGGCGAUACAGAACAGUGGAGGCAGAGAGUUUUGCAUCGUCUAUGUCCAGAAACUGCGGCUUUGUAGAAAAGAGAAGGAGAGAGCACAUAAGAGUAUAGACAAGUACCUUAAUAUAUGCAGGCAAAUGCAGGUCAGUGCAGAGAAGAUAUGUAUUGAAAUGGGUUCAGUAGAGGAAGGGAUCCUCCACUUGAUUUCUAACCGCGAAGUUAAGAAACUUGUCAUGGGAGCAGCAGCUGAUAGACACUAUUCAAUGAGAAUGAGAGACUUGCAGUCCAAGAAAUCUAUUUACAUUCACAGAGAAGCACCUGCUACUUGUCAUAUAUGGUUUACAUGCAAGGGAUACUUAAUAUGUUCAAGAGAAGCUAGGAGAAUAGAUCACUUAUAUCUAGAAUGGGCAUCUUUAGAUUCUUCAAGCCAAUCCGAGACGACUAAAGGAACUCAAAGUGUUCCAAGCUCGAGUAUGGUCAAAGAUGAUGAUAGGAUUCAAGUAUCUGAUGCAAUCAAAAUGGUACAUAUAUAUAAGUUCCUCCAACAUGUUUUUUUGCUUGGACUGGAAACAUCAAACUUUUUCUAACUAUAUCUCUUAACCAAAAUGUAGGCCAAACAGUCAGAAAAUGUGUAUAUCAAUGAGUUGAAAUGUAAGAAAGAAACAGAGAAGGCACUGAGUAAAACUAAAGAAGAACUUGAGAAGAUGAUAAGAAAGCUUCAAUACAAAUACAGCUUAUCAAUGGGAGCAGUGAGAAGACUUAGACAAGAACAAGAAGAGUUGAAGAUAGAGCUUGGAGAAGUAUCAAAGCUGAAGAGUAACCGCAAGAACCAUGGACCACCUCAGUACUUCAUAUGCCCCAUUACACAAGAUGUGAUGGAGGAUCCACAUGUAGCAGCAGAUGGUUUUACAUAUGAAGGGGAAGCCAUAAGUAGUUGGUUUGAGAGAGGACAUGAGACUUCUCCAAUGACUAACAAGAGCCUUCCUCACACCAGCUUGGUUCCAAAUCUUGCUCUUCGAUCUGCAAUCCAAGAAUGGCUUCAAGCAUCAAGCUCCUGAAACAUUAGCAUCUCAUGACAACCAUUCACUCAUCUCUAAUGACAAACAUUUUGUAAUAUAUUAGCCGGUGUUGGUUGGUAUGAGUACAAGUCUUUUGUAAUAUUCUUUUAUUAUUAUGAUAUUUGUAAUAUUCUUUUAUUAUUAUGAUAUUGUUUUGUAAAUCAUAGUUUUUUUAUUACUACUAUAUAUUUAUUUAAACGUAAAAUAUAUUAACAGA